GACAUGCCAAGAGGAUAUUAUCCAAUAAUGUGUAAUACGAGGUCGUCCAUGUUCCUAAAUAGUUUCGACUUCGCCAACAACGUUCCCAACUCCUACUACCUCCAUGAAUCAUCAUCUAGAUCUAGACGCCCCCCUCUCUCUCUAGCGCGCGGCGUGAUUUUGCUUCCAUGUAUAGUCCUCAUUCAUGAUGAAUAUACAGAGUUAGAAUAACGCACGCCCACAUGAAGUAAACCGUUCGGGGCUGAGCAGGAGAAGCAAACAAAGAGUGACGCCGGAACGGGUGUCGGGAACUAUUUUACGACGAAACGGGCGUGCAGACGACACUCAGUCCAACACAAACAACCAUGCUCACUCCCGCUGGCAAAAGCAGCUACAACUGAGGUCGCAACUGUUGUACUUUUGCUCGUCCUCCGUCCCCCAUGCAACCCCCCCGAGUUUUUUCCUUCACCUCUACCGCAUGUUGCGAGUGCGAGCACACCCACCCAUGAUAGAUUAAUUCAUUCGCUAUCGUCGCAAGUACGAUCGUGGGCCCCCCAUCCGUCAAUCGGUUCCUAGACGCGACAACCGAAAUACAUGAAAACAAAACAAAAACGCACGAAAUCCUGCGGGCCCCGUCUAGAUUGACAACAAGCGGGAGCUUUUCUCGGAGGUCUGACAUGGCUUGGCUUGGCGUGCUCUGUGCGGUACAUGGCCACCAUCAACGAAACGACUCAUGUCAUCAACUCAACGAUCGUUGUCCCAAGCCUAAACCUUCCAUCACUGACACCCCACCGCCCCUGCCAGAAAACUUCUGACUAAAUCAGGUGCAUCUCUUACCCAAGUGACGUGCAUCAACGUUGCCCCGCACGUCACCGUUGGCUCAACAUCAAGACAGGCCGGAAGGCUAAGUUAGUCGAAAGGGGAAUCGAACAUUUUCUUCCACGCUUACGACGACACCACAAAAACAAGAAAUUUAGCGCAAAAAAAAGACAC